CCUAAGCAAGACAUUCCCCUCCUCGAAAUCGAAAAGAAAAGAGAAUGGCGGCGGCGGGUGGCGGCGGAAAGACGAGGAGCAGAGAGCCGUCUCCUGAGAUGGAAGGAGAGACGGAGCUGGAAGCGGAGGCGAAGGGAAAUAGAGGCGGAGGAAAGGUGAGGAUCAUCGAGGCACCACCCAGGAUCUCCAUGGAGGCUGUGAAUGGAGCCAUGGGGAGCGACGAGUUGCCGGAGAGGAUUUCCACUUCAGAAGAUACAGAAUUAGAGAUUGAGCAAGCCAAGGAGAUGGGAGAGGAAGCCGAGGAGAGGGAUGAGGUGGCAAAAUUGUAGAUUGAGGAAGCUGAGGGGAUGGAGGAGAAGAUGCAGACUGGGAUGUUCUUUAAUAUCUACUGUCGCGCCCUGGAAUCGAAUUUGUCCAGGUUGUUCAGCAGUCCCUGCAAAGAUGCGACUUCAUUGAGUCCUAUGCACUUCACACACAGUACAAUGGACCGCACCUCUUAUGCUGAAUUCGCCACCAGCACUCUGCAAAUAUACUCCAUUAAAGUCAUAGAAAUAAAGGGGACUCCUGAGUUGAAGUGGCCACUUCGUGUGUAUGGCAUGGUUGCUGCCCGAGAUACCGUGGAUCACAAUCGCAACAUUCUCUUCUUGCGUCAAAGGAAUGACUGGCAGAUACUCAAUCCAGAGAAUCCUUUUUUGCAAUUGACUGGCCCGUCUCGUGCAAUUGCGGCUAUAGAUCCUGUUGACUUUGACAUUAAACUCAAAGUAAAGGGCAUGAUGAAGUCAAAAGAUAGAGUGCUCAUGCAUCAGACCUCCAAGUACAGCUGUAAUGAGGCCAUUCUGUUGGAUGACUCCUACAGAAUUGUGUUACGGUGUGCGAAACUGGAGAAGACAGUGCAAGCAACUAUAGUCGGUGUCCGUGUUAUUAAUUGGAGAAAGAGGAAAUGGCCUUUUAGACAUGGUGGUCUAGUUAUUGCCAAGGCACAUUCUAAGCCCGUUAAACCUGAGAAUGAGGUCCUGCUACAAGAUCAAGUGAUGGAUAACAUUUCAGAUGGUUACUUUGAAGGUGAAGUUUUUUGUGUUGGCGACAGAUCUUCGACGCUGAAACAUGAAGAUGAGGUUGUGCUUCAAGGUCAAGUGACAGCUAACAAUUGGGAUGGUUGUCUUGAUCUGUCAAGGCAUGUUGUUUCCGUAGAGUUAGAUGGAAAGCUCGAAGUCAUCAUCCAUGCCCUGUCUUCAAAUGGUUUUGUUACUAAACAUGGUCAUGUCUUCUUCCCAGCCCAGGAAAGCAAAAUAAGUCGGGACAUAUGUGAUCUUGCCUCCUAUAAGGUGGAAGUCACCGUUGCUUGGUCCCUUCUUGUUCGAGACAAGCAGUUUAUCUCGAGGGAGGGAUGUAUGGAUGAUGACUAGGCCUGAACUUUAUAUAAAUUAAAUACAAUUAGCCAUUUAAAGCUGUCAGCUCUAUCCAUUGUCUUAACGGCUUUAUAUCUAAUGCUAUGUUAAACUAUUAGUGUAUUGGUUGUCAGUGAUUUUACUUAAAUUGUC